AGGUGGUAAAAAAGGUGUACUGUACCUUUAAGGACUAGCUUGACGCCCCUGCUUGUUUGUUUCCUGCAACAAGAUGGCUGCCGUUCCAGAGAGCAGUGUUCUUACUUUCAGCCUUUUUAAAUGGAGCUCUUACUCCUCCACCUAUUUGCCCGAGAACAUUUUGGUGGACAAACCGAAUGAUCAGUCGUCCAGGUGGUCUUCUGAGAGCAACUACCCUCCACAGUUUUUAGUCUUGAAACUGGAAAGGCCGGCGAUUGUUCAGAGCAUCACCUUUGGGAAGUAUGAGAAAACGCACGUCUGCAACCUGAAGAAAUUCAAAGUGUUUGGUGGGAUGAGUGAAGAAAACAUGACGGAGCUUUUGUCCAGUGGCCUUAAGAACGACUACAACAAGGAAACGUUCACGUUAAAGCACAAGAUUGACGAGCAAAUGUUUCCCUGCAGAUUUGUCAAAAUAGUGCCUCUGAUGUCAUGGGGGCCCAGUUUCAACUUCAGCAUUUGGUACAUUGAGCUACAUGGCAUCGAGGAUCCAGAUGUGGUGCAGCCCUGCCUUAACUGGUAUAGCAAGUACAGAGAACAGGAAGCCAUCCGCCUCUGCCUCAAACACUUCCGUCAGCAUAACUACACCGAGGCCUUUGAGUCACUGCAGAAGAAGACCCGGAUCGCACUUGAACACCCGAUGCUGACCCACCUGCACGAGCGACUGGUGCUGCAAGGAGACUUCGACGCCUGCGAAGACCUCAUAGACAAAGCCGUAAGAGACGGUUUGUUUAACCAGUACAUCAGCCAGCAGGAGUACAAGCCCAGGUGGAGUCAGAUCAUCCCCAAAUGCAACAAAGGUACAAGCGCCCAAGAAAGCAACAGGGACGACGUGAACAGUGAUGCUGACGACAACAGGCCAGGGAUGAGGGGAGGACAUCAGAUGGUUAUUGACGUCCAGACCGAGACGGUCUACCUCUUUGGGGGCUGGGACGGCACACAGGACCUGGCCGACUUCUGGGCUUACAGUGUGCAGGAAAACCAGUGGGUGUGCAUCUCCAGGGACACUGAGAAAGAGAGCGGUCCCAGCGCCCGCUCCUGCCACAAGAUGUGCAUCGACUCCCAGCGACGUCAGAUCUACACAUUAGGCCGCUACCUGGACUCCAGCGUGAGGAACAGCAAGUCCUUGAAGAGCGACUUUUACCGCUACGACAUCCAAGUCAACACCUGGACACUCCUGAGCGAGGACACGUCGGCGGACGGAGGGCCCAAGCUCGUGUUCGACCACCAGAUGUGCAUGGACUCUGAAAAGCACAUGAUCUACACCUUCGGCGGGCGAAUACUGACGUGCAACGGAAGCGUGGAGGACAGCCGCACGUCGGAGCCCCAGUUCAGCGGCCUCUACGCCUACCACUGCCAAGCCGGUACCUGGAGCCUCCUGCGGGAAGACUCCUGCAACGCCGGCCCAGAGGACAUCCAGUCCCGUAUUGGACACUGCAUGCUCUUCCACACUAGAAACCGCUGUCUUUAUGUGUUUGGCGGUCAGAGGUCAAAGACCUACCUCAAUGAUUUCUUCAGCUACGACGUGGAUGGGGACCAUGUGGAGAUCAUAUCUGAUGGUACUAAGAAGGACUCGGGCAUGGUGCCAAUGACCGGCUUCACCCAGAGAGCCACCAUCGACCCUGAGCUCAACGAGAUCCACGUCCUGUCAGGCCUCAGUAAGGACAAGGAUAAACGCGAGGAGAACGUCCGCAACUCCUUUUGGAUCUACGACAUCGCCCGGAACAACUGGUCUUGCGUGUACAAGAACGACCAGGUCGUGAAAGAAAACCCCAGCAAGGUCCUGCAGGAGGAGGAGCCGUGUCCACGCUUCGCACACCAGCUGGUCUACGACGAGAUGCACAAGGUGCAUUACUUAUUUGGCGGCAACCCAGGGAAAUCUUGUUCUCCAAAGAUGCGCCUGGAUGACUUCUGGUCGCUCAAAUUGUGCCGACCCUCUAAGGAGUACCUCCUCCGCCACUGCAGAUACCUCAUCAGGAAGUACAGGUUCCAAGAGAAAGCCCAAUCUGAGCCACUGAGCGCGCUCAAAUACUUGCAAGAUGACCUCUCGCUCACUGUGGACCACACAGACCCCCAGGAGACUCAAGAGUUUCAGCUCCUGCCCUCGGCUCUCUUCAAGUCCAGCAACGAUUUCAUCCCACUUGGGUUCUCCGACAUGGACCAGAAGUACGCCCAGCGCACGCAGCUCUUCGACACGCUGGUCAACUUCUUCCCUGACAGCAUGACGCCGCCCAAGGGCAACCUGGUGGACCUCAUCACCCUCUAGCCCCUCCCUCACAAGACAGACUCCUCCCCCCCCUUACCGUACACACACUCACUCACACACACACACACAGGAGGCAGAGAGAGAGAGAGAGAGAGAGAGAGAGCGAGCGAGGGACAGCAGGUAUUUCUCUGGCCAACAACUGUUAGUGUUCAAGACCCCCACCCUCUCCGGGCAGUACAUGAAAUACAUCCAAGUAGAAAAGUGUUAAGUGGAUGGAAGCAGCAGCCGUAGGUUCCACAAUGUGUCUUCUCCUCCUACUGUCUGUAGGUUCUACCAUGUGUCUUCUCCUCCUACUGUCUGUAGGUUCUACCAUGUGUCUUCUCCUCCUACUGUCUGUAGGUUCUACCACGUGUGUCCUCCUCCUACUGUCUGUAGGUUCUACCACGUGUGUCCUCCUCCUACUGUCUGUGGGUUCUACCAUGUGUGUCCUUCUACUGUCUGUGGGUUCUACCAUGUGUGUUCUACUGUCUGUGAGUUCUACCAUGUGUGUCCUCCUACUGUCUGCGGGUUCUACCAUGUGUGUUCUCCUACUGUCUGUGAGUUCUACCAUGUGUGUCCUCCUACUGUCUGUGGGUUCUACCACGUGGGAUCUCUGCCUACUGUUUAGAAACCGGUUGAUUUUCGUCAUGCCACGUUUGCAUCCCAACCAACAAUCCAAUAAUGUAUAUUCCAUGUGGCAGGAUGCUACUUAGUGCACAUACACAGCUCCCUCGCUUAUCACUCUUAAUUGGCUCCGGACAUAUCAUUCAUCAACCUUCUAAAUAACUUGAUGAACAAUUUGACAGCUUGUUAGUCACCAAAUAUUACACUCUUUCAUCCAACCUAGUAACACUGAAUGAGGCUGAGCCUAUCAGUGGCCACCAUACUGAACAGUGGUUUAAUCUGUUGGCCACUACUACUCUAGUCUUGACAUCUUUAUGCUUAUGUAGGUUUAACUAACUGUAGAGUAUAUAUAUAUAUAUAUAUAUAUAUAUAUAUAUAUAUAUAUAUAUAUAUAUGUGUGUGUGUUUGUAUGUAUGUAUAUGUAUGUAUUUAUGUAUGUAUGUACAUGUGUAUGUAUGUAUAUACAUGUAUAUGUAUGUAUAUAUGUAUGUCUACAUACAUAUGUGUGUGUGUGUAUAUAUCUAUAUAUAUAUGUGUGUGUGUAUAUAUAUGUAUACAUAUGUAUAUAUACAUAUGUAUAUAUAUGUGUAUGUAUAUAUAUAUAUAAAUACAUAUGUAUAUAUAUGCAUAUAUAUAUAUAUACAUAUUUGUAUAUAUAUGUGUUUGUGUGUAUAUAUAUAUAUAUAUAUAUCAUAAAAUAUGUCAAUACUACUGUAGUCUUGACAUGUUUAUGCUUAUUUAGGUGUAACAAAUACUUGAAAAAAGGUUUGCAUAGAAUCCCGUGUGGCGAGGGACGACUGUACAAUUAAUUUGGAUCCAACCUUGAGAUGAUAAAACAUUACAGUGAUAUAUUUUGGUCAAAUAUGACUUUUUAUGCUCCAGCCUAACUCAGUAGCGCUGAAUAAGAGUUGGGAUCCAUGCGUUGUGUGAAUAGUUGUAGCAGGUUUUAUUCCCCCUGCAGAGAAUAUUUGAUGGUACUGUAGCAUUAUUGAAACACUUUUGGGGCCACACUGAACAGAAAAAGGAUUCUUUCUAAAGACGGCUGGGUGAAAUGACGUCAAACUAGAAGCUUCUUUCAAACCUUCCACCUUUUACUUUUUUGUUGUUGUGACUUUUCUCAUUUUUACAACGUUUCGGUAUGUUAGGUUGUAUUUUUAUUCUAAUAAUGUUCUCAAGACUCCUUUCUUUCUUGUUAAAUCAUGACAAAGCUUUGUGCUAAAAUGUCUUCUUAAAAAAAAAAAAGGUAUUUUCUUAAUAUUGACAAUACAAUAUUCUGACUUUAGACACGUAUAAUGACAAUUUUCCUCCUACAAUAUCGUUGUUUUAAAAGCCCCUUCCGUAGUUGAGUUACAAACUUUUCCUUUUAUGAAUACAACCUUUUUCUUUCAACAUGGUGACUUAUCUCCUCCUCAGUCCCACUGUAAGAUUAUGACUAUUUUGUCUCAAAAGGCUGUUCAUAAUUAUAUUGUCAUGGUGACUUUAUUACGAUGAUAUCAUAAAUGUUGACUUUCCCCCCUAAAACGACAAAUGUAUUCUCAUAAAAGGAUUAUUUUCAGAAUACAACAUGUCAAUAUUGCAACCAAUGACAUUCUCAUAAUUUCUGCUGGGAAAAGGUCUUUUGAGCAUUUUUUCUAUAAAAUUGUAUUGGUGUCAUUAAAUGACACCCUAGUGACAAUACAUCUUUACUUUUUGUACACAAUAAUAUUCCUAAUCAAUGUAGGAAUUUUGCUCACUGAAUGUAAAGAUGAAAUAGAAAAGACUGGUAAAGUUCGGACUUCACAACUUCAUCUUCAUAUCCUCACUUUAUUCUGACAAAAUGAUAAGCAUAUAACUAACCCCCUCUACUCUUAUACUUUUCUGUUCAGUGUGGCUUUAAGCGUCGGUGGUGUAAAAAAAGGGCGGUAGUAACGACUGUAAUAUGAAUACUAGUCUUUUGCAUUAACACUGGUCAUGUUGGUGUUUUGUUGUCUGCAAAAGCUAUCACAAAUUAUCAUAUUGUAAAAACAAAACAAAAAGCACCUUGGUUUCAAAACAAUGCCAAAUAUGAAAUGCUGUUUUCGGGGUUUCCUUAAGGUCCCGUCUCGUUCUUCUCUGUGGAGAAGUGGGCUGCCCUCACCUGUGCCAGCACUUCUCCAUGGCCUUGUAGUAUUGCAUUGUAUGUAAUGUACAUAAGGAAUAAAGAUUGUAUUUUCUUCA